GCUCCAUUGAAUGUCGCGCCUACCCAUCUCUCUCAAUUUACUUUACUGUCCUGGGUUGACACUUAAUACCGGCCGUGUACUAGGUACUAGGUACGAGAUACAUCCAUGGAAACUAAUAGCCACCCUGGAUUUAUACCAAUUGAUACCCAUACAACUCAUUAUUUCUGCUACCUUGGUAAGUACUGUAUACCUCAAUCUUAAUGAUUAUGCCAUGCCAACGCAUACUUCCAAUCUUCUCUCUCUUUCCACCAACCCAUAAAAUUGUAUAACAAUAAUUUAAGUCUUGAAGAAUAAGAUUUGUCUAUUGGGAGUUUCCUUUUAUUUAUAUCAAACCAUUUCUCUUCCCCAUUUCUUUUUUUCUACCUAUCAAUAUA